CGCGACAGCUUGCGAGCAUGCCGCCGCGACCGAAGACGGAGAAAACGGGGCUUCGCCGCCGCCGGCGAGAGGAUGCGCUGCAUCACGUCGUCCAUACUGCGGCGGAGGUAGGCGUGGACGACGUGGCGCUGGCGCAGCACGCCGUCGAGGUCGAUCCUAACGCGGAGACCCAGGCGGGGCGGGGCUUGGAUGCGCCGCCGCCCGACCUCGUCGUUGGUGGGCACGCAGAGCUCGGCGUCGACGAUGGGGCGCUCGUCGAGCAUGGCGUCGAGGUCGAUCCUGACGCGGAGACCCAGGCGGAGCUCGGCUUGGAGGUGCCAGCGCACGCAGAGCUCGUCGUUGGUGAUGCGACUCGGGGUACUCAGGGCAUGGGUCCGGACCUUGGCGCGCUGCUGCACAAGGUGGAGGCUCUCAUGAACGACGUUGAUGCGCUUGUCGACGCGGUCGCGGCGUUCGUCGACCGGGUCGCGGGUAUGAACGGCAUGGAGGAGGAGGAUGGCUUCGCUGCGUUGCUUGACGCGGUCGUGGAGUUCGUCGGCCGGGUCGCGCGUGUCCGUGCCAUGAAGGAGCGCUUCGCUCGGCCAAGAUCGACAGGGUCUGUGGGCAAUGGCUUUCCUCGGCCAAGAUGGAUGUUGGCCUUGGAUGAAGAAGAAGUGAUAAUAACACCUGAAAUGCUAGGUUGGUGCACGCGCCCUGGUCUUGAUGCAAUGAUGAACUAUAUGAAGAGGCGGCUGGAAGCAAUUGGAAAGAAAAAACAAAAGGAAGAGAUGUGA